UCAAAGCUGAAAACUUAAAAAAAAAAAAAAAAAAAAAUCUGCCGCUCUCUUCUUUCCUGUCGAACGAACCUAACAAAACCUCCCUCUAAGAAUCCUAUCGCCGAUAUGGGAACACCUGAAACUUCUCGUGAGCCGUGUCCAGAUCGUAUUAUCGAUGAUAUCGGCGGCGCUUUCGGCAUGGGAGCCGUCGGUGGUUCAGCUUUCCACUUCAUCAAAGGCGUCUACAACUCUCCAACAGGCACGCGGCUUAUCGGCGGAACUCAAGCAGUUCGCAUGAACGCUCCGCGUGUUGGCGGUAGCUUUGCCGUCUGGGGCGGCCUCUUCUCUGCCUUCGACUGCUCAAUGGUUUACCUCCGCCAGAAGGAAGAUCCAUGGAACUCGAUCAUCGCUGGCGCCGCCACCGGUGGCUUCCUCUCCAUGCGGCAAGGGCUUGGCGCGUCGGGUCGGUCGGCUCUUUUUGGUGGCGUGUUACUGGCUUUGAUUGAAGGAGCUGGAAUUAUGCUCAAUAAGGUAAUGAGUGCUCAACAGGAGAUGCCUAUUAUGAUUGAAGAUCCUGUUCCUUCUAUGGCUGGUGGGCAUGGCUCUCCUAUGGGCCAGCCCCACGCCCAUGCCCAAGAGGGUGCAUCUGCAAGUGGGACGAAUUCGGGUUCGUGGUUCGGUGGGUGGUUCGGUGGAGGGAAGAAGGAAUCAGAGGCUAAUAUAAGCGGAAGCAAGACUGAGAUUUUAGAGAGCUUUGACGCACCACCAGUGCCAAAUUUUGAGUACAAGUGAAAAAAUCGAAAAAGAUGAGCUUGUUUAGGGUUUUAUUAACUUGUUAUUAGGAGGUAAUGAUUUUGGAGCUUGUGAAGGCGUUAGGGAUUCAGCCUACCUAGAGAUAUAAAUAUGCUGAAGAAUGAUGGGCGUAGCUUUAGCUAGCUAGCUGUGCUGGUUUAUUGACCACCGCAGUUGAAAAUUGGACAGCUCCUUUACAGAUUAGACACUACCUCUUACCUUAUUCAUCGACUCUGCCCCCUUCUGUAUUUUACAUUCUUCUAUAUUGGAGUGGGAACAAGAAUAAGGUCCGCGACCUUAGGUCAAGUUAACUCAAUCGGAUCUUCAUCUACAUUCUUCUAUAUUGUGUCCCGCUAUCCCUACUUUAUAAAUUAUUUUUAAUAUCUAACACAUUACAUUUCCACUGGCUGAAACUCUUGCAGGGAUCAUGCCUUCUGUGAUUUCCAAUAGUAUCCUAUGAAGGUAUUUCAAUCUAGUACACUAGGAAUUACAAUUGUAAAAAACACUAAAAGAUGUGUUUAUUGGAACCUUAUAAUUUGUUUCUCAUCACUCUCCAUGGGAGGACUGCCAUCAUCUUGGCAAAUCAUCCCACCAUUCAGUUGGUUUUUAAUUUUAUGAGAAUUUAUAUGAUUUUAUUA